AAUUGCGGUAACGUGUACUGGUUGUUUUGAAGGACUCGUGUCUGUAAUGGUCGCUAUUAUUUUCAGAAUUGUAAGUCCGUAGUCGUCGGUGGAGUACAUUGGUGAACCUCUGCAAAAAUGAUUACUGGUUUGCUUCAUCAUUCAAUAUUACUUUCAAUUUUCACGACUAUCACUAUUUUAAAUGGAUGUUCAUCAAAUGAAGCCGGUAGAGGACAAAACAUUCUCAAAAGAAUCGACUUUAGCAAGUCAGAUUCAGGUAGAUUUAGCGGCUUAUUGAAAAGAAUAAGGAAAAAUGCCCAAGUUUGCCCAAAUCUCACUGGCAAACCAAAGAGGCAUCAGCAUUUCCUGAACAAGGAUGCCAAUACCAAUAUAAAGCUAUUUUGGAUAGGGGAACAAUUUAAGACACAACUACUUCUUACAACAUUCCAGAUGAGGAUUUUUGUUUUUCGUGUUAGGAAGCAAUCAAAGUUGUACAUAAGUAAUGAUGAUGGGGAAAUCUUCAAUCCAGUUGGCGGAAAGCUAAAAGAUGUUGACAUCAGAACAACGUUUGGUGUUGUAAAGAGUGAAAGGAACCCAUUGAAAGUUAUUCUUAUCGGAUUCAGUCGUUCAUUGCAAUCUUCAACCUUGUACAUAAGUGUAGAUGGAGCAAAGAAGUGGAACGCUGUCAGCAUUCCAUUUCGUGUGAGGCAAGAUGAGCCUAUCAUACCUCAUCCAAGCAAAGAAGAAUGGCUUCUCGCUCUAGAAGAUGGACCGUCAAUGGCGGUGUGGCUCUCUAUUGACUUUGGAUUCAACUGGAUGAAAAUGAAGGACCAGGCAUAUUCUGUAAAAUGGGGAGCGGUAACUGGACGUGAUGCAGAUGAGAGAGUUAUCUUUGUUACAGUGAAAGAAAGUAUGGCAGGAAUAUUUGUUGGCCAUGAAAGUGCACUUUGGAGGUCAAAAGAUCUUGGCAAAAGUUUUUCAUUACUUCACGAUCAUGUGUACAGUCUUGGCAUUCAGGGAGUCUUUCUAUUUAUAUCAGUGGAUUUAGACAAGAAGGCUGGAUUGCGCGUGAUGCAUGUUUCCAAAAACAAUGGUGAUGUUUUCCACAGAGUCCAUGUGCCCGAAGUUACUCCUGAAAGGUUCUAUGCCAUAUUGGAUAUGAGCGAAGGUCAGAUAUUCUUGCACGUCGACGAACCAUCAGACACGGGAAAGGGAACGUUGUUUGUGUCAGAUGCCGACGGUAUUAUGUAUUCGCAAUCACUGGAAAAUCAUUUUUACACCAACGAUGGAAUAACAGACUUUUUUAGAGUGGAAUCUAUGAGAGGCGUUUUCUUAACCCAUCAACUUCAGGAAGGUAAUACUUUAAACUCAUUGAUCACUUUUGAUCGUGGUGCAACAUGGAACGCUUUGUAUCUUGCUGAUGAGCAAUGCCGAGGUGCUAUUUCAAAGAAGGAUUCAAAAUGCUCGCUGCACUAUCAUCACACAUUCAGUCAGCAAAAAGGUCAUCUUGUGCAAGGCCCGUUGAGCUCGGCUAGUGCUCUAGGAAUAAUCAUGCUUCAUGGUGUUCCUGGUGAUGCACUUCACACCAACAACACCAGUGUUUACUUGUCACGCAAUGGCGGAUAUAACUGGACAAAGGUUCUUGAUGGACCACAUCAUUAUGCCAUUGGAGAUCAUGGCAAUUUAAUUGUUGCCGUACCGAGAGAUUUUCAAAGCAACAUUACUGGAAAAUAUCUACAGUAUUCAUUAGACCAAGGUCGUUGCUGGAAUACUUUCAAGUUUACCGACGAUCCGAUGAUGAUAAGAGGGCUCGUCACUGAACCAAACUCAAAGAAACGCACAUUCAGCAUUUGGGGAGUUAUAGAGGGCGACAAGGAGAAAACAUGGCAAGUUGUCACUGUGAACUUUGAAGACAUCCUAACUCGAAGAUGUAACAUUGGAGAUUAUGAAUACUGGUCCCCCCACGCUAUUGGCAGAAAAGACGGAUGCUUCUUGGGAACAAAAGAGGCAUAUCCAAGGGUAAAGCCAGAGGUUUUCUGCUACAGUGGAGACGAUUAUAAGCCAAAAAUUACGAAAGAACAUUGUGUGUGUACUUUACGUGACCUUGAAUGUGAUUAUGGCUUCAUCAAAGAUGAUGCAGGCAAGUGCUUUAGAGAUGGUUCUGUGAAGCUCGAAAUUUGUAGAACUGGAAGUGAACAGAAAGUUGAGGAGGGCAAAGGGUAUCGGAGAAUACCUGGAGAUCGAUGCAAGGGUGGAAAAGAUGCCCUGGUUCAGAAAAUGAUUAAUUACAUAGAUACGAGAGUUCCGUGUAAAUCAGAGGAAUUGGAAUCUUACGGGUUGUCUCAUCAAGUUGAAGCAAAACGUUCCCGAAAGGGUGCAAAUAGCAAGGGUUUUCUUGUGUUUGGAAUUAUUCUCAUCAUAUUGGUGUUAGUUGGUGCUGUCAUCUUAAUUGCCCGGAAGUUCAUAAGCUCUCAAAACAGUUUUGCAUCUUUUCGCUACUCGCAACUCUCCAGCAAUGAGUCAGAUGAGCUAAUUGAGGAAGUGAAUGGCUACGACCCCAGGCCAAGGGGGGUUAGGCCAUACCAAGAUGAAUCGGACUUCGAGUCUGAUGCAGAAAUGCUCAAAUUGUGACCAGAAUCUAUUGGCGUGUUUUUCUGGAAAUGAAAGUGAUUUGACAGUUGCUCUGGUGCUUCUAUUGUAGGUCUGAUGCAGCUAUAUAAAUACCUCUAAACCUUGAUGGAAUUGUUUUCCUGUGUUAAGCUUAUUGAAUAGCUUUCAUCUAUUAUUAACCACUAAAUCCCUGCAUGAUGACGUUGGUCAUGCGUCUGUCAUCGUCUAAUAAAGCCCCCCCUAUUGGUGAAUUCUGUUAACUUUUUUAAAUCCCUUUACUUAUUUAGAGGUCAGAAAAGAACCAUCGUGAUAUUUGUCAAUAAGUAAGUGAUGCGAGACUCUUGGCUAUUGGUUAAGCUAAAGAGCUAAAGUUGCUUUCUUCGAGGAAAUAAGCGUAAACGAAAAUUAGUGCCAAUUUGAGAACUCUGUGUUUGUUUUAUAACUCCUUGAUUUUAGCUUAUGUUUUUCGCUAGGUGCUUUAUCACAAGUUUCUUGUGAUAAUUUUCUUUACAAGGAUAUGUUAGAACAGGAAUAUUCAAAAGCAUACAUGUCACAGAUAAAAUAAAAGGUACCCAUUAAUGUAUAGGUUAGUUUGUUUUGUGUUGCAAAAUGAUUUCACACUGUUAUUAAAUCAGUUCUACAAACGUAGACAAUGUAUUGCUGAAUUCGCAUUAACUUCAUUUGAAUUGGAUUAAAUUGAUACUUGUAUGACUUUUUUGCAUGCUUGUAUGACACGUAAAUUUCAUUUGCAUUCUAAUAUUUUGGUUUUAUUUUCCAAAAAUAACGUAGGUCAUUAUAUUUUAACUCAGUGUUAACGUUGCUGUUCGCAGGGCAUUUCAUUAAAGGGGGAAAAUGGUCUUUUUUAUCCCUUUUUAUAAUCAAGUACAAUUUUACAGGCCCUCAGUACCUUCACUACAUACAAAAAUGCAUUAUAACAGAACUUAAAUUAUUCCCGGUCGAGAUUAAACCUGUCCCAUGGCCAGUUGAAUAAAAAAGAACAAUCAUAAUGGGAGCAAUUGUGUUUUUAAAGCUGAAAUGUAAGCUGUUAUAUGACGCUGAAUCAUGUAUACAUAAUGGUGGCCGAAUAUAUCUAUAUUACCGGGAACUCUCUUUUCAUUCGAUUAAACUCGGGUAUUGUUCUGUUGAUAUUGUUUUGUGAGCCUUUGUCAACAUAUAAUGUUGAAAUGUCAUAUGACGACGGUCUUGGAACGUAAUACCCCUUAGUUACCUUAUAUAUAUAUAUCUAGAAUAGAAAGGCCUAGCAGAGUUUACGAUGUUUUUCUGUUGAACCGUAGAAAGAAGUAUUUAUUUUCACUGUAUACGACUUUUACUUAUGCAGCUUGCAAGCAAAAAUAUUUCCCUCUAUUUGUAUAUUCAGAGAUGAGUUAAUCUGCAAUCUUUUAAACAGGAAUUAUUGGUAAUGAGCAUUAUUUUACGAAAUAUUUGUCUUUUUGCAUUAGCAACUUUUGUGCAUAUUGCAAAAAUGCAAUUUUGUUGAUUGAUUUUUAAUAAAUUGAAUCAUUACAAAUACCAUACAAAUACCAUAAUGGUUUUGAAGGUUGGCAAAAUGAUAAAGAUUGCCCUCUAGCUGCAAACAACGGCCAGCAUUUGGACAAAUGAUAGCAUGUGAUAGUGUGAACUGCAGUGGUGAAUGGUUCCAUUAUCCCUGUGUGCAAAUUACAAGAGCUCCAAAAGGUUCCUGGUUCUGUAGGCAAUGUCACAGGGAAAACGACAACAAUACUGCAACUGUUAGAGGCUCUUUCUAAAUUUUUCCUCUGGUGAAUUAAGGGAUUUUUAAAAUGGCUCCCUUUUCAUUCAAUUCUUCCUCAAUAAGAAAACCUCUGUCUGCCAAGAUACAGUCACCAACAUUUACCUUAUUUAGAAACCCAGAAUCAGCUGCUAUUUUCUUGUCUGAUACUCGACCACCCCACCCUUCUGAUAGAAACAUCACAGCACCUGCUUGACUUAUUCCGAUAAGGUAUUUGGAAGUGUUAUUGUGCUUGUAGUUAGACCAGGUUCGUGCACGAGCAGUCAGAUUGGAAUGACGUUCUAUAAAAAUUUCGCUACAAUCAAUUAUACAAACACGGUCUCUGAACUUCUUUUUGAAUGACUUUGGCAGAUUUUGGCGUAUUGUUUAUCUGUCUGGCCAGAUAAUCAGAUUCUUCAUGUGUUUUGCUAAUGCUGGUAACCAUGCUCUAAAUAUUUUUGAUACUGUAGAAUCAGGUACUUGAAACCUAAAUGCUAGAUCUUUGUUUAAAAGGCCAAGUCGCAGUUUCAUAAAUACCAUUAGAACAUGGUCAUUAACAGACAUACUAGAAUGAUAAGAUCUAGCUUUGUCUUUCACAAGUGAGCUUACCC